GGAGCCACUUGUUCUGUAUUGAAAAUCCAUUUUGCUUCAUUUCAUUCCCUCACAUAGUGUUUUUUUCUUUCCAUGGAGAACUUGUUGGGUCUGCUGAGAAUUCAUGUUGAAAAAGGUGUCAAUCUUGCCAUCAGGGAUGUGGUGAGCAGUGACCCUUAUGUUGUCAUCAAAAUGGGAAGGCAGGUACCAAGAAUUGAAAUGAGGAAGAAAAUACGAGAGAAAACUCUUCUCCAAGGGUUUCCCCUUCACAAAGGAUUUCUCCUUUCACAAAGAGCUAAUGCUCAAUCUAUAAAUGAUAAGAUUCCCCUCUCUCCUAUCCUUCUUUCUCUAUUUAUAUCUAAUAAACCCCUCUAACUAACUAACUAACUCAUUAGUAGUUUAACUAUAUUAACUAACUCUUCCUUCUCCUUAUAUCCUAGCACAAAUAGUAGACGGGUAGAAACCUUGUGUGUUUCUUGUUUUCUGAACUCUGAACAUUCAAUUCAUUACUGCAUUUUAUGUCUCAUAUGCAGAAGCUGAAGACUCGGGUAGUCAAGAAGAAUCUAAAUCCUGAAUGGAAUGAUGACUUGACCUUGUCUAUUUCAGACCCUCAUGCUCCAAUUCAUCUACAUGUGUAUGACAAGGACACAUUUAGCAUGGAUGACAAAAUGGGGGAUGCUGAGUUUUUCAUAGGUCCAUUUAUUGAAGCAGUGAAGAUGCGCUUGUCAGGUCUCCCCAACAAUACUAUAGUUACAAAAGUGCUACCUAGCAGACAAAACUGUUUAGCUGAAGAGAGUCACAUAAUGUUGAAGGAUGGCAAGGUUGUCCAAAACAUGGUUCUUAGACUAAGAAAUGUUGAGAGUGGGGAAGUGGAGCUCCAGUUGCAUUGGAUUGACAUUCCUGGUUCAAGACAUCUCUAGAUCACAGUCCAAAACAUGGUUCUAAGAUUUGCCAUAUUGUAAAAAUUAGAUUUGCAGCCUCAUAAACCAGCAGGCAGCAGUACCUUAUGCUUUAAUUUCUCCUAUCCUUUUAUCUCGUUCGCAUAACUUAAAAUUGUUCAAUAUGUUGGUUUGUAAUCGGUGUUAUUGCAAUUACUAGUACUAGUAGUUAGUGAAAAAGAAUGGGAGAUGUAGUUUCCCUAGCUGUAAUUUAGACUUUGAAUUAUCUGCUACUGCUAGUCUUGUGUAAUAAUGUACAAGAAAUGUACCAGAAAGAUGUUGCACUUAAUUAGAAUCUCCUUAGUUAACAUGUUAA